AUGCGCUUGCGUGUUCCGGGAUCUUCCAUCCGGCCAGAUUCUCCAGAAAUGGCUUGUCCCGCCAGACGCGGACACUCGCUGUGCCAGUUCACUCCCGUCACCUGUGACCCCCUCCCAAAACUCCCCCUCUCUUCCUUCCGCCCCUCUCUGUUCUUCCGCCCCUCGCUUGCCCUCCCUUCCCCUUUUCCCCCCUACCCAACUGAACUCCUGAGGGGAUUGAAUUUCCCUAGAGGCGCAAUAGACAUUGACGCGCCACCUGGGGGAGAAUGGGGGAAGAUGGGGGGAACCAGGGAAUGCCGCUGGUGUGCGGCGGAUGUGUGA